AUGAAACUCCUCAUACUCCUCACUGUCCCUGCAUGUCUUCGACUUGCGUGUCUAGCUGUCGCCGACAGCGAUGGGGCUUACGAGAGCUCUUUCGACUCCGGCCUAGAUCAAGAGACAUUACAAGGGCUCUGCCCCGACUAUACGCGUUACGCUGUACGCAAACACAAGCCUUUCAGUAAAGGACCUCUUCGAUUACCUAGCCAGCGCCCUCACCAAAACUGCCGCAAGUUCACCUCGACGGCAGUAGAAAAGGUCAUUGACGAUCUAAUACCGCAUAUCAAAGAUCCAGACCUGGCAAAGAUCUUUGAGAACGCGUUUCCAAAUACACUUGACACAACGAUCCAGUGGCAUGUCGAUGGAGUGGAGUCCAAAGCGCCGCAGUCGCCUUUGUUGCGCGAUCGGGACCGAUGGCAGGGGGCCCAGUCCUUCGUGGUGACUGGUGAUAUCGACGCUGAAUGGCUACGAGAUAGCACCAACCAGCUCUCACAGUAUCAGCGGCUGGCAGCAACAUCGCCAGCCAUAUCAAAGCUCAUCCUAGGUGCGAUCAACACUCAGUCCGAGUAUAUUAUACAGGCUCCGUACUGCAAUGCCUUCCAGCCGCCUUCGCCAUCACGGUUCCCACCGGCUCACAAUGGGCAGGAGGACUGGGUACAUCCUGCUUACGAGCCGUCGGUGGUCUUUGAAUGUAAGUAUGAGCUGGACUCACUCGCGAACUUCCUCUCCUUAUCCAAUCAAUAUCAUGCCGCCACAGGUGACACGUCGUACCUCUCGCCCCGAUGGUUUAAAGCUCUUUCCACUAUUACAACCGUUAUCGAAGAACAAUCCUUCUCCACAUUCAACCCCAACACCCGCGCAUAUCGCGGCAGCGAAUACCUCUUCACCCGAUCGACUCGUGCUGGCACCGAGACACUCAACCUCGGUGGCGUCGGCAAUCCCCUCGCUAACGGCACGAACCUCGUGCGCUCCGCUUUUCGCCCCUCUGACGACGCAUGCACUUUCGGCUUCCUCAUUCCCGCCAACGCUAUGCUUUCCGUUGAACUCAGCCGCACGGCAACAAUCCUCCUCGCAUACUCGAAAACAUCUGAGGACAUCUCACGAACCCAGUCAAUAGCCAUCGCCUCUCUCUCCGGCCGCUUAGCCGAUCGUGCCCGCCUUAUUCGCGAAGGCAUCCUGGAGCAUGCUGUCGUGCAACAUCCGCACUUUGGCCCCGUUCUCGCCUACGAAAUCGACGGCUACGGAAGCCAUCUCCUGAUGGACGACGCCAACGUUCCUUCCCUCCUGUCGCUACCCCUCCUUGGCUUCCUUGCUCACGACGAUCCGCUCUACAUCAACACCCGCCGCCUGAUCCUCUCCCCACACAACCCGUACUACUUGUCCGGCCCGAAGUUCUCCGGCAUUGGUGGCCCGCACAUCGGUUUGAUGAACGCAUGGCCCAUGAGCGUCCUCGUGCAGGCGCUGACGACGGACGACGAGGACGAGAUCAUCGAGUGCUUGGAAAAGGUGAAGAAUGUGAGCGUGUUCGGGCUGAUCAACGAAAGCGUGGAUGUCGAGAGGGGCGUGGACCCACACGGCGAAGGGGACGGCAUGACGCGCAGUUGGUUCGCGUGGGCCAAUUCCGUGUUUGCGCAGGUCGUGCUGAUGCUGGCGGAGAAGAGGCCCGGAUUGAUACUCGACACGGAGGUGGCGUACGUCGUGGGAAAGGGGUGGCAAGAGAACUGA